UCUCAAGAACGAAUUGUCCCCGAAUAUUGCCCUGGAGAAUACGCAAGUGCUGAAGUGCCACCGCUCUGCAGUGCUAGCUGCUUGUCAUCCAGCCGCCAUGGAGGAUCAGAGCCUGAAGCCCAUCCGUUGCAAAGCGGCGGUUUGUAGAGCGUCCGGAAAGCCCCUCACCGUCGAGGAGAUCGUCGUUGAUCCUCCCAAAGACUACGAGAUCCGCAUCAGGAUCAUCUGCACCUCGCUGUGCCACACCGAUGUCACCUUAUGGCGCGUCAAGGAAGACCCUGCCAAGCCUUCGUUAUUUCCAAGAAUCCUGGGCCAUGAGGCCUAUGGGGUGGUGGAGAGCGUGGGGAGGUACGUGCAGGGCUUCGGCGCGGGCGACGCCGUGGUGCCAACGUUCCUGGGGCAGUGCGACUCCUGCUCCAGCUGCGCGUCGGACUGGACCAACCAGUGCACCGCCGUGCCGUUAACCAUGGGCCCCGGCAUGCGGCGCGACGGCACCACCAGGUUCUGGGACAGCCAGGGGGCGCCCCUCAACGACAUGAUCGCCGUGUCCAGCUUCAGCCAGUACACCGUCGUCGACGUCAACCAGGUCGUCAAGGUCGACCCCGCCGUGCCGCCCAAACUCGCCUGCCUCCUCAGCUGCGGCGGCGGCACCGGGGUAGGAGCAGCAUGGAGGUUGGCCAAGGUGCAACCUGGUUCAUCAGUGGCUGUCUUCGGACUGGGAUCCGUCGGACUAGCGGUGGUACAAGGGGCGAAAAUGUGUGGAGCAUCAAAGAUCAUCGGUGUUGAUCUGAAUCCUGAUAAAGAGGAAGUUGGAAAAUCGUUCGGUGUGACUGAUUUCGUCAAUCCAUCGCAACUCGGCGAAAAGUCCGUCAGUGAGGUGAUCAAUGCGAUGACAGACGGCGGCGCAGAAUACUGCUUCGAGUGCAUCGGCAUCUCGUCGGUGAUGACCGAGGCAGUCAGAAGCACUAAAUCGGGAAAGGGCAAGACGAUCAUUCUGGGGCUCGAGCAGGACGGCCAGCCGCUGUGCCUGCCGUCGUUUGAGUUUCUGUUCGGCAAGUGCGUCAUGGGAUCGCUCUUCGGUGGGAUCAAACCCAAGACUGACAUCCCAAUCCUCGCCAAGAAAUGCAUGAACAAGGAGCUGGAACUGGAGAAGCUUGUCACUCAUGAAGUAGACCUGCAGGAGAUAAACACAGCCUUCGACCUGCUCCUGCAGGGGAAGAGCCUGAGGUGCAUAAUUUGGAUGGACAAGUGAUGAUGGCCGGAGAAUUUGGAGUGAUGGGACCAAUAAGUUUGCUGUUUGUUCCCCGGGUGUUACUGAAAAAAGGAAUAACAAGUCAUCAAUCAUCAUUAAUGACUUCUGUACACUUAAUUUUUCAUGGGAGGUUUAUUUACAUUCCAAAAAGAAGUUAUUCGAGAAUGUCGUUCGCAGAUUUCUGUGUAAACUGGAUUAGUCCACUCUUGUUUCUCAAACUGAAAAGUGAGGUGACUCUGACUCUGACUCUCCGGUUUUUAAAGCUGUCUUAAUCCUGAGAGUUGGGGCAGUAAUAGUAUGGACCUUGGAUGAUAUCAAGUUGAUCUCCAGGGUCAUGGACCCGAAUAAAUCAGCAUAAAUCCGGCCCACAAAUUUCUUAUAUCAACUUAAUCUCCAUUUGUUACCAUCAAAACUAGCACUGGGAAUACCUUUACUGGUUGUGAUGUUGCCAUGACAGGAGAAGUCGGCCCCGACGAAUCACAGCUCCACUUAAUCUACUGAAGGUUU